GAGGGAAUAUAUGAAUAUUUCCUAUAUCUCAUUGCUUUCAGUGAAUAUAAGAUUAUCUCAUUCUUUUGCAGUGUCUCUAUAUUUAAAAUUUUUUCGGAGAGGACCGAGCGUGCUGAGAUCCUCGGAGAACAUUGUCUUGUGGACAAGAACGUGCUUCCCGGGCUCGGCUCGGGUGCGGGGUGCGUGGCUGAGCGCACGUGGCCAUGGGCAGCCACAGGACGGCGCUGCCCAGAGCAGCCCAUUCCACCUGAGCAGCGCAGGGCGCACCGGGCCAUGUAUUCACCUGCCCCACCCGCCCUGCGCGCUGCCCCUCCCCAGACGAGGACUAUGGGUGAGGAGGAAAGGAUGCCAGCCACACGGGUGAAGCCCAAAUCCCGGGCGGCCGUGACGUUCGGGGACCUGGCCAUCUACUUCUCCCGGGAGGAGUGGGAGAGGCUGAGCCCCGCGCAGAGAGGUCUGUACAAGGACGUCAUGUUGGAGAACUACCGGACCCUGGUCUCGCUCGGACUGUCCCGUCAGAAGCCAAAUAUGAUCGCCUUGUUGGAGAAAGGGAAAGCACCCUGGAUGGAGAGAUUCGUGAGAAGACCCCGCGGCCUGGGAGGCUGGAGGGACCACAGACGCGUUCAGGUGGGUGCGGCUGCCUGCCCGGCGUGGAGGCAGGUCCCGCAGCAGAAAAUGCCUGAAGAGAGAUGUACCUCUGAAGCUGAAAGAAGGCGGCGCGGGCCACAGAAUUUAUCUGAAGAGCAACUAUUGGCAAAACGCAGAUCUGCAGCCGAAAGGAGCCGGCGUUAUCGACAGAAGAUGUCUGCAGAGCAGCGUGCCUCUGACACUGAAAGAAGGCGGCGUUGGCGACAGAACUUAUCUGAAGAGCAACUAUUGGCACAACGUAGAUCUGAAGCCGAAAGAAGCCAGCGUUAUCGACAGAGAAUGUCUGAACAGCAACGAGCCUCUGAAGUUGAAAUAAGGCGGCGUUGCGACAGAAUGUAUCUAAAGGGGAACUAUUGGCACAAUGUACCACAUUAAAUUUGAGGCUACACGUGUGAUCAUUUCUCAAAAAAAUGAGCAGGUUCAAAAAUUAAAUGAAGAAAUUUUGGAUGUACUUGGAGAUUUUCACACAUAUUUGAGUGAUGAUUCCAUUGAUUCAACAGAUGAUGCUGAAAAGGAAAAUUUUCCCAUUGAAUUUCUUAGUAGUAUUACUCCUUCAGGAACGCCGUGUCAUAAAUUAAAAUUGAAAGUGGGUACAAUCAUCAUGCUACUGAGAAAUCGUAAUAGUAAAUAGGUCUUUGUAAUGGUCCUCGAUUUAUUAUCAAAAGAUUGUGACCUAACAUAAUCGAAGCAAUAAGCAUUUAAGUUUCUCAAUGUCUUUUCAUAGCUUGAGAACUCAUUUCUUUUUAAUGUUGAAUAAUAUUCCAUUGCCUGGACACACCAGUUUAUUUAGUCAUUCCAAGUUGUGGUGAUUAUAAAUAAAUGUUUAUUCCACAAAUAUUUUUAAAUAUUUACACUAUAAACAUAUAUGGUCAGGAUUUUGUGUGGAUAUCAGUUUUCGGUUCCUUUGGGUAAAUACCAAAAAGUGCAAUUGCUGGAUAACAUGUUAAGAAUAUGUUUAGUUUAGUAAGAAACCACCAAACUAUCUUCCAAAGUGGCUGUGCUGUUU